UUAUCUGCACAAUUUCUUUGGAACGACAUUUCUCGCUUGCGCGACGAUACCUACCUUACGAUACGGAUUGUCUUGUGGUAGAACAGCUACCAAACUAGGUUAAUACUAGGCCUAGUUUUAAACGCACUGAAGAUGCCUUACCAUGCUUAGAGUGAAAACAGGAGUACGUUAAAAUGUGUUAAACAAUUGAUUUUCUUCCGUCUUGUCAACAAAAUGAAAACUAGAACGAUGUCAGAUCUGACAGAGGAGGUGGGAUCUUCAUCGACUCCGCCACCUGUACCAUCGAUCACGGGACCCACCACGGGACCCGCAGUAAUACCGCCGUCAGUGAAGAUAAGCCUAACGAUCACAUUUAUUGCACUGUACAGUAUCCUAUUCUUGAUCGUCUACGUACAGUUGUUCUUAAUAUUAUACUACAGACACAAACGGAAAAGCUACCAAACAGUGUUUCUUUUUUUGUGUUUAAUUUGGGCUGCGUUACGGACUACAUUGUUUUCGUUUUACAUCAAGAAUUGCGAAUUAGCAAACAAUUUGAAAACCUUUCCCUAUUUCCUGCUGUAUUGUUUUCCUGUUUGCCUGCAGUUUACGACGUUGUGUUUACUUGUUGUUUACUUUGGUCAGGUUGUUUUCAAAGCGAAAGUACGAUAUGAACCAGAAAAAUACAAGAGGAAACAGCGUCUCCUCAGAACUUGUAUUGCAUUUUUAGUUGUGACAUUCUUUUUCGUCAAUUUAUCAGCUGUGCUGCUUAUUAAAAAGUACAGCUCGCACAAAAUAGAAAUUGUACAUGUUCGAGUGAUUAUAAGCGGUAUUUUGUUUUUCACUGGCGGGAUCGCUUUGUCAAUUUGCAUAUGGAAAUUAGCUAGAAUGACAUCAGCAAAUGUUUUACUAGAAGCUAGGGGUACAACAGUAUGCCAAGCCACAACUGCUUGUGUUGUUAUAACGUUUCUAUAUUUAACAAGGACAGUAUACAACAUCGUCGCUGUUGCAUGUAAUAACGACAAAGAUUCAUUUGGUUACAGUUGGCUGAAUGUCUCUGAUCAGGCUGACUAUUUGAACUUAAAAGGAUACAGAUAUAUUACAUUUGGUGGCAUUUUAUUUCUCUGGGAGUUUCUGCCUACGUUUAUAGUAGUCAUGUUUUUUCGUGUACGAAGAUACGCUUCCAGACUGAAUGCUCCAGAGGUCAAGAAUGUCAACAGGACGCCCUCUAAGGCAUACUUCUUUGACAACCCACGACGGUACGAUAGUGAAGAUGAUCUUUGUAGAACAUAUUCUGCCAAUGCAGGACCUACUGACUUUACCCCCGAUAUGAAUUCACCUUGUACGCCGAUUAAUGGAACACCGCAGUUGGGCUACGGGACAAUCAUUCGCAGUAGCAGUUACUCAUCAGGGGGCCAGUACAUCAUGCCCGGAACAACCCCGCCACUUCUUUUUUCCUCAAAAGUCUCAAUCGGGGGUUACCAGCAGAUUUAUGACUAAGGAGGGAGAUGUAAACCAAUCAAGUUGUUUCUUUGAUAGUGUAAGCAGACAGGUGAAAACAUUAAUCAACCAAUCAGUUUAUUUAAUACGGAUAACCUGUGAUCAGGCAAAUCAUGUAGGUACAGUACAAAAGAUCAUAAUAUUUUUUUUUCAAUAUUUUUCAAAUACAAAAAAAAAAACCAAAUCAGAUCUGUCAAUGUAUUUUGUGUAAAUCCAGAACAUAUUCACUCCUAAAUGUUUUGCAUAAUACAUUUUUAGAAACAUAUUUGUAGAAACAGAAAAUGUGCUUUUGAAUAAAUCUUUGUGAAAUAAUAGCAGGUAUUGUUACUUACUGAAAUUGUGUGGAGCAUGUCGUAAUGACAUACCACCGAACUUGUGAGACACAGGUGGAAUUGAUAUCCAUACAUUACUAGGUUGCCCUUCAACCGUGCUUGAUUAUUACUCAGAUGGUACAGUCAUUUAUGAUAUAUUAAUGAGCUAAUUGAUAAUUGGAGUCAUUAAAACAACAUAUUUUCCAAUAUACACAAACCAAUAGUAUGUUUGCCAUACGAAAAAAAACUAUAUAGGUUACAAAUGUAUACAUCAUGUAUAUGAAAAUCAUAGGUAAUUCCAUUGUCAGAGAAAUAACAUUGUGACCAAUAUACCAUACCCUUGGUGAUUUUUUUCGUUAUGACUAAUUCAUUGCCAUUAUAUAUCAUAGGUGACUUGUUUCAUAUGACAAUCAUAGGUGAGUUUUUUUAUCAGUGAAAUCUCUUGUGACAAAUUUUGUCAUAGAAAUGAUAGUUGACACAUUUUCUAUAUGGUAAUCUUAGGUUUGCCAUAUGUAAAUCAUAGGUGACGAGUUUGUCAUAUAAAAAUCAUAAGUGACCUGCCAUUUACUAUAGGCAAAUUCCUACAGUAGUUAUAUACUAUAUAUGGAAUUCAUAAUAUAACUUAUUAUCCUCCUUCUGCUUUGGGUGAGUUCUUGGCCAUGAUGAAUGUUUACAGAAGAUACUCUUCCAUAUGAAAAUUGUGACAUCUUUAACAUAUUUUAAUGAAAUCGUACAGUAGGUGAUUAAUUUGUCAUGCAAGAUUUUUACCAUUUGAUUUAUCUCCCAAAUGAAAAGCAAGUUCAUAGACAUAUGGCACCAUAGUAAUUUGCCAUUUAUAACAUAGAUGACUAUUUCCCAUAAAAAUCAUAGGUGACAAGUUGGCUAUAUAUUAUACAAGUUCUUGGGUAUAUGAAAUUCAUUAAGUGAUAUGAUUUUUUCAUAUAUACAGUAGCCUAGAUAUGAUUUAUAUAAUUUGAUCAUUAGUACUGUAUAACAUCUGACACAAUCACAAAUAUCAGCUUAAAAACCAGCUCAUCAGUAUUAUUUGUCAAUGGGGGAUUAAUAAGCAUAUUCAUUUAUUUAGGGGAAAAUAAACUUUGUAAGGAGUUUACCUUAUUUGUCUUUGAAAGAAAUGAAGAGAAGAUGGGUACAUGAAAAUAAAAACAAAAUUGUAUUAGACAAAUAAGCAUGGCAUUCUCUUUUGUAGACCUACUACUAUAUUUACAAUUUAUAGGAAACCAACUUAGGGAAAAGAAUGGAAAAUGCUGGUUGUUUUUCAUGUUCAAAUGUUAUGAAAAGAAAAUGAUAUAAAUGAAUAUUACUAGAUUUAUGAAUUGAGGCCUGCUAAAAUACAUCUAGAUAGUAGAGUAACAAUAUAAGUUUAUGUGGCACAAUAAUGAACAAUUGGAGCAUGCAUACUGUAGCUGUAUAUUUAAUAUGGAGUGAAUCCUUGGAUGGAUGUUUUAUUUUUUGAUUGCACAUCAUAUCCUGACCUCUUGCCUUCUCAAAUUGUUUUCUGACCUAGUGCCACAGUCUGAGUUUGAGUAAACAUGAAUGUGGUUGUGUUAACUGUCCAUGAAAGAAAAGUGACUGUCUACUGUAUGCAAAGUUUUUUCAGGAUUGAUCAAGGUGGCCAAUGAG